AUGAAGGGCAUCUACCAAUGUUCCCUCCGAGUUAAUAUUAGCUACGCUUUCAACCGUGACUGCUCCAUCAUCUCUAUGCUAAUAUCCCAACAGGGGUCAGUUACCAACGGAUCCACAGUACAGUCACAUGUGAAAAUACCGACAGAUGGAAACUCUGCAAGCAUUCCCAAAAGUAAGCUGAACUGCUUGGAUAGAUCUCCAUCUAGCGAAGCAAACAUGGAAAACAACAUCCAGGAGCAACUAAAUCAAUUGGACACAUCCCAUAAUAUGAACCUGCUCUUUUUGGAUCCAUGGAGACCAUGCAGAGGGCAACGUACAGCCAUCAAAGGUUGGCUGGUAAAGCUGAGGCUCUGCUUGGCAACAUUGUGUGGGAUAGAGUGGUAUGGCUACGCAGCUCUGGGCAUUUCGACUGCCCUCCUAAGUUUCCUCAUGGACUUCAGCGUGACAAAGUUGAUAAGAGCUCACUUGUGGCUUUAUAUGAAGCUGGAGGGCAAUGUUCUUCUACAGUUCCUCUGCUGGACUCUCUACCCAGCAUGCCUCUGUGCCUUUGCAUCCUCCUUCUCUCACAACAUUUGUCCCUUCUCCACAGGCUCAGGGAUUCCAGAGGUGAGAACCAUGCUGAAUGGCAUUGAAAUGCCUCAUUACUUGUCUCUCACUAAUAUGUUUACCAAGUUCCUGGGGCUUAUCUGCACACUGGCAGCUGGCAGCACUGUUUUCCUCGGCAAAGUGGGUCCAUUUGUGCAUCUUUCCACCAUGUUAGGAGCUUAUCUGGGCAACCUCUGCAGUCUUACACAAGGCAAAAAGAUGAAAGCAGAAGCAGAAAUGUUGGUAGUAGCUUCUGCUGUGGGGGUGGCCAGCUGCUUUGGAGCUCCGAUUAGUGGUGUGCUGUUCAGUGUGGAGGUGAUGAGCUCUCACUUCGCCCUGAGGCACUACUGCCCGUGUUUCUUCUCGGCCGCCGUCGGGGCGCUGACCUUCCGCCUGUUCUCAGUUUGGAGUGGCGACGGAGAAACUCUUGGGGCCUUAUUCAAAACUAAUUUCCCCACCGCUUUACCUUUCUACCCACUGGAGAUUGUGCUGUUUGCUUUCCUUGGACUGCUGUGUGGGGCAGUGAGCUGCUGCUACCUCUUCUGCCAUCGGUGGAUCCUGCGUUUGACCAAAACCAACCCAUUCCUCCUUAAAGUGCUGAUGACAGAGAAGGGUUUGUACUCUGGCCUGGUGGUUUUCUUUCUGGCUUUGCUGACGUUCCCAUACUCUGCUGGUCAAUACAUGGCUUCUAAGUACACCAUGAAGCAGCUCCUUGCUUCCCUACUGGACAGCAAGCAGUGGAGCCCUCAGUCCCACAAUGCAUCUGUGCAAACGGAGCCAUUGCUGGAGUGGAGCUCAUCUGGGAUUUCCGUCUUCCACUCUUUGGCUUUCUUUCUCCUCAUGAAGAUGUGGAUGUUGGUCCUUGCCUGCACUCUGCCUCUGCCAGCUGGGUACUUCAUGCCAGUGUUUGUCUACGGGGCGGCGAUCGGCCGUUUGCUCGGUGAGGGAGUGGCUUAUCUGUCCUCCACUGAAAGGAUUUCAGGACUGCAAUGGAAAUCUGUAAAUCCUGGAGGCUAUGCACUCGCUGGAGCGGCUGCCUUUUCUGGUGCUGCAACUCACACACUGUCCCCGGUUCUCCUGGCUGUGGAGUUAACUGGCCAGUUCAGUCAUGCUGUCCCCAUCCUCCUGUGCACACUACUGGCCAACGCCCUGGCCCGCCAUGGGAACCGUCCAUCUUUCUACGAUGCCCUCUCUAUCAGCAAGAGGCUCCCACACCUGCCCUCUUUGGGGAAGGCAUGUCCAAGGCUUUCCUCCACACCAAUUGGGCAGAAUUUGGGAACGGGAUGGGUGCGGCUUCAGAAAGCUGCCGGGCCGGCGGAGGUUCAGCUGGCUGUCAACACCUGCACUGAUGCCCAAAUCCCAGUGGUGGACUCACACGAGUCACAGAAGUUACUGGGCUUUGUACUGCGAUCAGAGCUGCAGAUGUUCCUGCGUCACUGCUCAGCUCAGGGUAUGGAGGAAACUCUGGAUGAGGUCUGCUGCAUUCACCCAGCCUCAGUCAUGUUGUCACCUCACACUACAGUCGAGGAGGCCUACAGAGUCUUGAGUUUGUCUGGAGCUCAGUCCUUGUUUGUGGCAGACAAAGGAAGACUGGUUGGGCAUGUCACGUGGGCAGAGAUGAAGCGAAUAAUAGAAAGCUUGGCUGAAGAAAUCUAAGAGGCAUCGCAAAGGAAACAAGGCUUCCCAUGUUUUUAAAGCCCCUAUGAGUGCUCAUAAGUGUGAUUAGAAAGUAACAAAGCCUGGGACUGAUAAUGAAUUUGCUCAUUCACUCCCAAUGAGCCACAAAGUUUGCACAUAAACAAAACUGUCAUAAACUGGUGGUUUAGGUGAUAAACAUUCAUCAGAGCUUAUUGUCUUGCCUUUUCUUGAAAUUAGCAGCAGUGGGAAGAUAACGCUCUCUUGUUCAUUGAUCUGACUUGCCAUCACGAUAAGUGGGUCUCCUAAUUUUCAGUUAGUAUGAACACAAAGCCUGCUGAACUAAAAUCCGUCUUUGUAUCUAUCCUGCUAAAUAACACAGUCGACUCAAUAUCUACUCUGUAAGUGAUAACUCCCCUGUCAUGAUUUUGAACAGUGAGGUCUGAGUUUGAGCUCAGGUUAAGGUCAUCAUUAUAUGUUUGAUUUUCUCUUUUGUGUGUUUUCACAUUUGAAUGUCAUUAUAAAAGGUUAAGAAAGACUCAUAGUUUGGGUUAAAAUACACAGUUUAAAGUCCAGUCUAACCUUUGUAACAGUCAAAAAAUAUAUUACUUUGAAGUUGAACAUCAUAGAUAUAAGCCAACCAUCUAAAUCCUGCUCUGCUAAAU